GCGGAUGACAACGCGAUGAUCGUGGCGUGGUGCUCGCAAGUGGGGGUCCUGACCCAUCCUUCGGUCGGCUGCUUCGUGACGCACUGUGGAUGGAAUUCGACGCUGGAGAGCCUGCUGUACGGCGUGCCCGCGGUGGGAAUGCCUCAGAAGUAUGACCAGACCACCAAUGCGAUGCUCAUUGAAAGGGUGUGGGGGACCGGAGUCCGGGUGGAUGUCAACGACGACGGUGUCGUGGGAGGCGAGGAGGUGAGGAGGUGCUUGGAUGUGGUGAUGGGAGAAGGUGAGAGGGGAAUGACGAUCAGGAGGAACGUAGAGGUGUGGAGGGAGAAAGUCGCGGAGGCUGUUGGCGACGGAGGGUCGUCCGAUCGAAAUCUGAGGGCACUUGUCAACGAGAUUGGGAAUGUAGAGGGGUGGAAGGAGAAAGUUGCGGUGGCUGUUGGUGGAGGAGGGUCGUCCGAUCGAAAUCUGAGAGCACUUGUCAAUGGGAUUGCAACAUCUUGAAGAUCUUGAUCAAGAUCAUCAUCAUUAAGAAGAUUUCUUAAUUGGUAUCGUCAAUGAGAUUGCUACAUCUUGAUCAAGAUCUUGAUCAAGGUCAUCUUAAUUUGUAUUUUGGUAUUUGGGUAGCUUCCGCCGCCUCGUGAGGAUUGGAUUUGAUAAUAAGAAACUUGCGUGUGUGAUUGUUUUCCGAGACUUUAAAAAUGUAUUUCCAGUUUGGAAAAAUAUUUUCUAAGUAUUUCCAUUGCUUCCGCAGAAAAGAUAAGCUCGUAAUUUUAA